AUUGUAAAUACCACUUCUGUUCAGUUGCAGAAUGAGGAGGAGCCUAGUGAGACUGCACCAGCUGUGAAUGAUGCCCCUCCACCCUACAGCAGCAUUUCUGCAGAGAAUGCAGCAUAUUUUGACUACAAAGAUGAGUCAGGCUUUCCCAAGCCCCCUUCUUAUAACGUGGCUACAACACUGCCUAGUUAUGAUGAAGCAGAGAGAACUAAGGCUGAAGCUACCAUUCCUUUGGUUCCUGGACGAGAGGAUGACUUUGUGGCACGGGAUGAUUUUGAUGAUACUGAUCAGCUGAGGAUAGGAAAUGAUGGAAUUUUCAUGCUAACUUUCUUCAUGGCAUUCCUCUUCAACUGGAUUGGCUUUUUCCUGUCUUUCUGUUUGACCACUUCAGCUGCAGGACGAUAUGGAGCCAUUUCAGGGUUUGGUCUCUCUCUCAUUAAGUGGAUCCUUAUUGUCAGGUUCUCCACCUAUUUCCCUGGUUACUUUGAUGGUCAGUACUGGCUUUGGUGGGUUUUCCUUGUGCUAGGCUUUCUGCUGUUUCUCAGAGGAUUUAUUAAUUAUGCAAAGGUUCGGAAGAUGCCAGAUACAUUUUCUACUCUUCCAAGGACCAGAGUUCUCUUUAUUUACUAAAGAUGUUUUCUGGCAAAUAUCUUCCUGCAUUAAGAUAUGAGUUCUCCCGCAAGAAUAACAGGACACCUGCAGGAAGUGAAUCAAGACUCUGAACACAGAAGAAAAAAUAAUCAUCCGCUUUAAAAUAAAUAAAUAAAAGUACUGUUGAAAAAGAAAAGCAUUUCUUUCUAUUUGUUUCUAGGUGUAAAAUUUUAAUAAUUAAUGCAGAAUUCUGUAAUCAUUGAAUCAUUAGUGGCUAAUGUUUGAAAAAGCUAUUGCAAUCAAGUCUGUGAUGUGCUAAUAAAGCCUUAUAGUAUUUGUAGUCAUUUGAAUAGCAUGAACCAUGCUCCUGUAGUCAGUAGGGGGCAGUCUUGGUUUAUUUUGUUGUCCAUCUUAAAAAAUGAAUUCAGAAUCUGAUAUUUUAGUGUAUAAUAUGUAUAAUGCUGACUGUGUUUUGAAGGGGUGUUCUCAAAAGUUUAGAAGAUGGUUUUAUUAUGACUGCAUUUCUGCACAUAAUGCCUAUCUGCUGUUUAAAUUGAAAAUAACCUGUUCUGUCUAUGCCUGAAAGUAAAGGCAGCAUAUAUAAUACAGGUUAUUAAGGCAUGAUUAAUAUGAAAGAAUAUUAUUUUGAAGGUGGCACAAGUAUUAAUUUGGCAGGGGGAAGGGGGGUUAAUACUCUUUAUUUGAACCCUUGGGGUAUAUAUUACUUUCAUACUGCAUACACUUGGGACUAUAUCAGGAUUUUCACAGUGCACAUGGGUAAUGUAAAGCUCAAAGAUAACAAUGCAACUUUGUAUAAAAAAAUAAAAGACAUCUGACCUUGCAAAACAAAGGUUCUCUUCUCUCUCUCCUCUCUUCUUUUCUCUUCUAUCUCAGUUGGCUUGGGACUUUUGAGAUGAUCCCUAACAUACCUGUAAUUUUUGCUUUUAUAAUUUGUGUUAGCAGAAACUGUGAUGCAUUAUAAGUGUAGACUUAAUGUGCACUUUUGUGCUUUCAGCCAAGUGGUACUUCACCUUGGAGUUUUACUAUGAUAAAAGUGUAAAUACAGCAGAACAUUAAUAAAUGUCACUUAUGUAGCAAA